AUGGAGGCGAGGAGGGCGUGCGAGCUCUGCGAGGGCGAAGCGGCGGUGCACUGCGAGUCGGACUCGGCGUUCCUCUGCUGGGCCUGCGACGCGGCCGUCCACGGCGCCAACUUCCUCGUCGCCCGCCACCGCCGCCGCUCCCGCUGCCCGGAAUGCGGCACCUUUGACGUCUCUGACCAGGGGCCCCUCUCUGGGGCCACCCUCCUCCCCGUCCUCUUCAUCUGCCACUCCUGCCACUCCCUCGCGCAGGACGACGCCUCGGUCUCGGAUUCCGAUUCUCAGUCGUCUGCGCGCUCGUCGUCCUCGCUGUGCUCUUCCACCUCUUCCUCCCACGUCUCCAGCGCUGAAUCUGGAGCGGCGGUGACGGCGGCGGAGUGGGCGAAGUCCGGCAGGAGGAGGAGACGGCGCGCCGCUAGCGGGGAGCUCGACGCCAUGAUAGACGUCGUUCUCGCAAACUGGUGCCGCCGGCUAGGCCUGGAAGGAGGCGCCGCCGCCGCCGCCUCUCACGCUCUCCUCAUGGGGACGAGACGCAUGCCGGCGCUGCCCCUCCGUGUGAUCAUGGCCACCGCCGUGUGGUUCGCCGCGAGGCUCCGGUUCUCGACGGGAGGCUCCCGGCGCGGGGCGGCGGCGCUGCUGAGGCUCCUGGAGGAGUGCUCCGGCGUCCCCGUGAAGCUCAUCUCGAUGGGGGAGGCGAAGCUCUCCCGCGCCCUCCGGCGGUGCCACGUGGCCGAGGACACCGAAGGCUGGGCCGAGUGCUCCUGA